AAAAGAAAGCGAGGAGACUGGUUGCAACCAUAGAAACCAAAAGGAAGUUUACUGCUACAUCUCAGCACUGUCUUCGGCUAACAUCAAGUUGCGAAGAUCAUUAACGUUUUGUACAUUUCAGGCCGUGGAACUCAAAACCCAAUACAGCCUUUGUUUCGAUAUAUUUUCUGAUUAAAUCUGAGUGUUAGCCGAUUUGUUUUGGUGGCGUAGUAGCCAGAAGUCCUUCAGUUGAAGUUGGCUAGUUCGCUAGCUAAUGCUCCACUUGAGCGGAAAUGUUCAAAACAAAAAUACUCUUUAUUGGACCCAAAGAGAGUGGGAAAACAGUGCUUGCAAACUUUCUCUCAGACACAACAGAAAAUGUGGGAGGUGAAUACAGACCAACCCAAGGAGUGAGGAUACUGGAAUUUGAAUCACAGCCUGGAGGCAGUGGUGACAACACAACAUGUGAGGUUGAACUUUGGGACUGUUCAGGAGAUUUUAAAUUUGAAUCCUGCUGGCCUGCACUGAUGAAGGACUCAAAUGGCGUGGCGAUCGUUUUUAAUCCUGAUAUUCCAACUCACCUGAAAGAAAUAGAGACGUGGCACUCGAUGUUCAUCUCCUCUCAAGGCCUGCAGGACAGCCAGUGUCUACUCAUAGCUCACCACAAGCCUGACAGUGGCGUAGAAGAUGGACGGCUGCCAUUAGCUUCAUAUUUGACCAGACUGCCGCUUAUUCACUCCAACCUGGAGGAGGAACCAGAGAACGUGAGACGGGCUUUCUGCAGAUACUUGGGAAAUGUUGUGAACACAAUGUCGGAGAGUCGAGAGCGAGAGGAGAUGUCUAUCAUUACGCAGUAGCAACAUUUAUACAAUAUGCAGAUUAAUGAGUAAAGGUUUUUUUGUGACAUUCAUGGACACUGAUCAAUUUAAAGUUAUUAACUGAACAUUGCUGUCAUUCAGCAGUUUUGUUUUUGUUCGUGCUUAGUUUCUAACAUAUUUGUAAGUCUGCUGUCAAUAAAGUAUGACCCAACUCA